AUGAAUAGCUGCUUUUAGAAUUCUAAAGUUGACUGCUUUACAAUUUGAUAUUUGCAUCUGCGCCAACUUUUUGGCAAUGGAUCGGCCCCGGGGGGCCGGCAAUGGCCAGGAACCAAACUGCCAUAGUUACCAGAAGUCGGAACCUGAGAAAGGGUAGGAAGAGGACAAUCUAGAGAUUCUAUGGGAGUCGUCAUCAAUGAUGAACACUUCAUACUUGUCCAAACCCCAUGUAAAAGCUACAGCUUUCCAAGGUUUUCGUGUUCUUCUGUAUCCUUUUUCUUUAUGGGCGGUCCAGAUUCCUCGGCUAAGGCCGGUGCCUGAAAGUUGGUCCAUUUUGGUAGAAAGAAGCUAAAUCGUUUCUGGAGGGACCAAAACAGCUAAGGCUGCUUCCUUUCCAAUCCAGCUUUUUUUCUCUCUUUUCUUUUCUUUGUAUACUCUAUCCUCUGUUUAUUUUAGUAAAUUAUACAGUUUAUUAUAUAGUUUUACACACACCUUUUGCAGGAGUUGAAUAUUCCCACAGCAUCAUUGUCUGUCGCUUCUUUUCAUCAAUGAUGAUUACAUGUGCAAGCUCAUGUUUUUUUUUACCCUUUACAUUAUAUUCAUUUUACUGUCAAUAUUUAACAGUCAGAUACAAGUUUUCUUCUACGAUCAGAUUUCAGUGUGCAUUUGAAGUCGAAAUAUUCAGAACUCAGCAUGCUCCUCCAAUCUUAAUACAAUCACCAGACCAGAUUUAACCUAAGCCUCCGUACGCUGUGAUUCUGUCCGUACUUACGUCCGUACGUACGGAGGAACGAGGAUAAUAAGAGGAGGAAGAAGAAGAAAAUGUCUGCAGAGGUGCAUAAGGAGGAAAACGUGACUUAUUCCAUAGUCGAUGUUUCACGUUACGGCAAAGUCGUAUGUUAUGAAGAAAAGUACUUGUUCCAGAACAGAGAUCUCAAGGGAUGGCAGAGCGGAAGCACGAUGUCUUCCGCUCUCCCAUUCUUCAUCACUCAGCUCUUAAUCGCUAAUUUUACCUACCGAGUCCUCUACUAUUUGACUCGGCCUCUGUAUCUACCUCCGUUUGUGGCUCAGAUCUUGUGCGGUUUGUUGUUCAGCCCGAGCGUGUUUGGAGAUACGGAGUUCAUCGUCAAAUACGUAUUCCCUUACAGAUACACAUUGGUUCUCGAGACCUUUGCGAAUUUGGCUCUUGUGUACAACAUUUUCCUUCUUGGACUCGGAAUGGAACUCAGGAUGGUGAGGUUCACCGAGUUAAAACCUCUGGUCAUCGCCAUUGUUGGCCUGGUCGCCUCAUUACCACUCGGCAUUGUCCUCUACUUUUUGCCUGGAAACGGUGUUUCAGACAAGGUCCUGGCCGGUUGUGUCUUCUGGUCGGUGGCCAUGUCCUGCACAAACUUCCCUGAUCUUGCCAGGAUUCUUGCGGAUCUUAAGCUUCUCCGCUCAGAUGUCGGAAGAACUGCCAUGUCUGCAUCCAUUAUUACCGAUAUGUCCACUUGGGUUCUCCUGGUUCUUGGAUUCGCCGCUUUCAGUAAAACAGGAGAAUUUAACAAAAUGAUGCCAUUUGUGAUCCUCUCGACAGGAGGCUUCGUCCUCUUGUCCAUAUUCGUGAUCCAACCCUUACUCGCGUGGGCUUUCUCCAAGACAAUGAAAGGAGGCCAUAUCGGAGACACCCACGUCUGGUUCAUCCUCGGUGGCGUCGUCCUCUGUGGCCUCAUCACCGAUGCUUGCGGUGCACAUUCCAUCACCGGAGCCUUCCUGUUUGGUCUCUCUAUCCCUCAUGACCAUGUCGUCAGAAACACGAUCGAGGAGAAGCUCCAUGACUUCCUCUCCGGGAUCUUGAUGCCUCUUUUCUACGUCACUUGUGGGUUAAGAUCCGAUUUGCGGUACAUGUUCCAGUUCACAAAUCAAUUGACGAUGGUCGUGGUCAUGGUAUCGUCAUUCAUGGUGAAGAUCGUCACGACGUUCGCCGUCUCGUUCUUCAUGCCGAUGCCCGUGAGAGAUUCCUUGGCUCUCGGUGCUCUUAUGAACACCAAAGGCACUUUGUCUCUUGUUGUCCUCAAUGCCGGUCGUGACACUAAGGCUCUGGACAGUCCGAUGUAUACACACAUGACGGUUGUGUUAUUGGUGAUGUCGCUAAUCGUGGAGCCACUCCUCGCCUUAACGUACAGACCAAAGAAGAAGGCGGCACAUUACAAGCACCGAACGGUUGAGAAAAUCAAAGGAGAGUCCGAGUUUCGUGUCCUGACAUGCGUUCAUGUCCUUCCCAACGUCUUUGGAAUCACCAAUCUAUUGCGAGCCUCCAACCCGACGAAGCAAUCCCCUCUCACCGUCUUCGCGAUCCAUCUCGUGGAGCUCACAGGCCGAACCACGGCCUCUAUGCUCAUCAUGAACGACGAAUGCAAACCCAAAGCCAACUUCUCUGACCGUGUCAGGGCUGAGUCAGAACAGAUUGCGGAAUCCUUCGAGGCCUUGGAGGUUCAUAACGACGCGAUGAUGGUUCAGACCAUCACAGCGGUGUCGCCUUACGCGACAAUGCACGAGGACAUCUGCGCGUUAGCGGAGGACAAGCGUGUUUGCUUCAUUAUAUUACCGUAUCAUAGGCAUCUGACAGCAGAUGGUCGGAUGGGGGAAGGGAAUGCUUCUCAUGCUGAUAUCAACCAAAACGUGCUGAACAACGCGCCUUGCUCGGUCGGGAUUCUCGUGGACCGUGGAAUGGGAAUGGUACGAUCCGACUCGGUCCAUGGCGAGCCCACAACGAGACACAUAGCCAUGCUCUUCGUGGGUGGGGCGGAUGACCGAGAGGCCUUGUCUUAUGCUUGGAGAAUGGUCGGACAGCACAUGAUCAGACUCACGGUCGUAAGAUUCGUCCCGGGGAAUGACGCGUUGGCCUCGGCCGGGAAAUCAGCUGGGUCGUACUCAAAGGAGAAACAGGUGGACGACGAGUGCAUAUACGAGUUCAACUUCAAGACCAUGAACGACCCCUCCGUCACUUUCAUCGAAAAAGUCGUGAACGACGGACAAGACACGGUCUCGAUGAUACGAGAGAUGGAAGACAACCAGUCGUGCGAUCUCUACGUUGUCGGAAGAGGAUACAACGUGGAUUCCCCGGUGACGGUGGGUUUGACGGAUUGGAGCAGCAGUCCUGAGCUAGGAACGAUAGGGGACACACUCGCUGCGUCGAAUUUCACCAUGCACGCUUCGGUUCUCGUGAUUCAGCAAUACUCCUCCGUGAACCGGCAAGCGGCGGCGGCGGCGGCCAUGGCUGCCGGAGGAGAAGGGAAGGAUAAGGAAACGGAUAAGAGCUCUCGUGAUGCAGAGCCGUUUAUGAAGACUAUGCACAAUGACGAAGAGGAUGACGACGACGAAGAUUACAGAAUCGGCGUUCGCAAGUGAAAAGCGUUUAUGCCGGUGGAAAGUACUUGUUGUUUUUUAGGUAGAUUUUUUUUAUAUAAAAUUUAUAUUUGUUUAUAUAUAUAUAUAUAAUCUGAAAUCUAUCAGCGUACAGGUUUCAUAGAUUUCGACCUUGUAAUUGUUAAUCAAUUAGUAUUCUUAGUAUUCUCGAA